CCUCAUUUUUUGAUUGCAUUUUUCAUCUCUUGUACUUUUAGACUUGACACUUCAUUUUCAUACACAUACACAUACACAUACACACGCGAAUAUAUUUUUCAUUUAAAACAUGAGCAUGGUUCAGGGUCCUCCUGAUGUAGACCUCAGGCUGAGGUACUUUAGGUACAUGCCAGCGAACGUCUAUCCGCAGGUAGCCGCGGGCUUUUACUUUGCCAUUGGAGUGAUCUUGAUAAUACAGACCAUUCGAUCGAAGGCGCAGGCCUGGCUGUACGUUCUGGCGGGCACGGCGAUAUUCGAGGCUGUCGGCUAUGCGUUCCGUGCGGCGUGCGUGUACGAAACAACACUGGUGCUGUUUCUACUGCAGCUGCUUAUCAUCCUGUUGCCCAUCAAUGCAAUUGCCCUGUUCAAUUAUAAGGUGACGGGUAAAAUAAUCAGCGAUUCGUUGACUGCCAAGCCCAAGUAUUUCUGGCUCAGGCCAAAGUUUGUCUACUGGUUUUACUUUGCCAGUGAUGUGUUCUCGGUUGUUAUGCAGGGCGCGGGCGGUGCCAUGAUGGGCAAAGUGACUACACGCGCGAAGGCCAAGACUGUUGCCCUCAUUGGUUUGUGUGUGCAGCUGCUGUUCCUUGGGUGUUACAUGGCGACCACCGUGUAUGUCUGGCGCAAGCCCGAGUACGUUGUACAUGCCGGUCCCCGCGAUAAGAGCCCGCAGGCCGCCAAGCGCAAGAUCAUGGUUAAUAUUAUCAGCACCACCACAUUGUUAUAUGUGCGCUCCAUCUACCGCAUUGCAGAGUUUGCAGACAACACGAUUUACAGCACUGAGUGGGCGUUCUACGUGUUUGACACCCUUGUCAUCUUUUUCGCCUUCGUUGUCUACAUUGUCCUAUUCAUUGGCCCCAACUUCCCGCGCAAGUCUGCUGGUUUGGAAAAGCAGCUGUCUUAUAUUCCGGUAGAGGAAGGCAACGCCCAAUCGUUGUCCACUCGCCUGACUGACAAGGACUACUAACAUGGAAUGCCUUUUUUACUCCUUUCAACUUUAAUAAAUGACAUAGACUACAAUGAUGAUAAUGG